CGAGGAAGGAGAAAACUGGCCGCCGAGGGUGGUCGACGGAGUCACGCAACGGCGAGCCGAGGCCCGGGAGGAGAGAGGCAACGACGUCGGGCAACCGCCGAUUGUUUCCGAAGCAAAUCAGUCAGUCUGCAGAAUGAAGUGUCCGGCGUGGCUCGUUCUCGCUCUGUUCCCGCAGUUGUUCGCCGGGAUACCGGUUACGCGGUCCCAGAGGACCCACGCGCGACAGGGCCUUGGUCGCGAGCAGCCCGUGGUCAACAUCCCGGACCAAGGAUCGCUCGCCGGCAAGGAGGUGCCGAUGAGCCGGCCGCCGAAAGUGAUACAGUACUUGGGCAUACCGUAUGCCCAGCCGCCGGUCCGCAAGCUACGGUUCAUGGCGCCGGUUACGGAGCCUCUGCCGUCGUGGAACGGGAUCAGGAACGCGACGCAAUUCGCGCCGUCCUGCCAGCAGGUGACCAACAGGCUGAAACUGCACGAGAAGCUGUACCAGAGGCUGCUGCCGACCGAUCAACCCGAUCCCGAGGUCAGCGAGGAUUGCCUCUACCUGAACAUCUUCAUGCCCGGCGGAAACAAACCGGACGACGGAUGGCCGGUGAUGGUGUGGUUCCACGGUGGUGACUUCAACACCGGCACGCCCGCCAUUUGGGACGCGUCGGUCUUCGUCAACAAGCAGAAGGUGCUAGUGGUCACGGUGGCCUAUCGGCUGAACAUCCUGGGCUACUUCACGACGACGGACGCGGAGGCGCCCGGUAACUACGGCAUGUUGGACCAGAUCGCGGCGUUGGACUGGGUGCAGAAGAGGAUCCAGUACUUCAACGGGUCCCCGUCGAACGUGGUGAUCUACGGGCACAGUUCCGGCGCGAUCAGCGUGGGCCUGCAUCUGAUCAGUCCGAUGAGCAAGGGCAAGUUCUCGAAGGCGAUCGCGAUGAGCGGGGACGCGAUCAGCUCGGUGGGCUCGCCCCGGGCGGAGCUGCCGGUGGUGGACAUCAUCGCCGAGAAGUUCGGCUGCUACCGGCGUCCGACGUCCGCGCUGAUGGAGUGUCUUCGCCGGGUGGAGGUGAACAUCCUGGUGCGCGAGUCCUCGGACAUCGAGACGUGGGGGCCGAUAGUGGACGCCGAGACGACCAACCAGACGGAGCCGUUCCUGCCGAUGCACCCCCGGGACGCCCUGGAGACCGGUCAGCUGAACAGCGUGCCUCUGCUGGUCGGCUACACCAAGAACGAGCAGGCCCUGGCGUACAUGGAGUCGCUGGGCAAGGGCAACCCGGACGGCAAGCUGUCCCCGAGCAAGUUCGAGAUGCUGAUCAACGACGAGUUCCUCUCGGCGAUCUCGUGCAUGGAGGACAACUCGACCUGCGAGACCAAGCCCGAGACGGUGGCCGACGCGGUGCUGUUCUUCUACAAGCCGCAUCCGCCGAGCAGGAACCAGAGCGUCCUGCGGGACAGAUACUUGGACCUGCUAACCGAGAAGAACUUCGCCGCCGGGCUGACUCUGCUGGCCGGUAAGGUCGGCAGCGAGAAGCCCGCGUUCGUCUACAGGUUCGACUAUCGGCCCAAGACCCAGUACAUCACCAACGACGUGCCCGAGUGGGUCGGUGUCCCUCACAUGUUCGAGCUGCCGUUCGUCUGGGGCCUGCCCCUGGUACCCGGCACCUCGAUCCAGUGGAACUUCGGCGACAAACAGAUGGCCGAGGUGAUGAUCAUGAUGCUGGCAAGCUUCGCCAGGUCGGGCAACCCCUCGCUCACGAACAAUAAAUGGGAGCCGUACACCGAGGAGAAGCCCGGUAUCCUGAUCAUCGACAGGAACAUCGACAUGAGCGACGGGAACGACGUCGAUUACAAGGCGCUCGACUUCUGGAACGAGUACUACCCCAGGCUGCUCCAGGAGGCGAUGGACAACUGUUGCAAUGUGACCAGUAGCGCCGCCACGUGGAGGGUUGCAAGCCCCAACGGUAUCGCUAUCGGCAGCCUCGCGGUAGCAACGAUGCGGUGCCGUCUCGUUUGGUAGGCGACAUCAUCAUCUCCGGGGCUGUUGUUGUAGGAUAUCUCUUUCUUUGUACAUGCUCGAUGGGGCUUCUUGCGGACGUUGGUCAACUGGGGGAUAUAUUUUGAUAUAUAUAUAUGUAUAUGUAUAUGUAUAUGUACACGAGUGGCUCCUUUGUGUGCUGCUGACAUCUAUUGUACACUUUUUCCUCGAUUAGCUACUUUACAAGUUCUCAGUCCUGCUUAGAUAGUUUUCUGGUUCCUCCGCCGAGUCUUCUUCUACGGAACUAACGGAGCUCUCUCGGUGACUCCAUCGCGCGUGGGAAAGGCCUGCCGAUGCAUAAACAUUUUUCGUUAACAUACGGACAUCGGGGGGGAUAGUAGGAGCCGACGCGAAAAUACAACCGAAACACGCCCGUCCAUCGAGGAUCGAUGCAAUCGGGAACGCCUGAAUGGUUUAAACGCAGGCUGCAGUCUUUCGGGAUCGAUUUCUCCGUAGCGUCGCGAUUUUCUACGGACGCUUUUCUCUGAUCGCGCUACAUUCAACGAAUCGUCGGUUAAUCGAAGAAGAAGAGAGAAAGAGAGAGAGAGAGACUACGUUGUAGAGGAAAUUGUUUAAAUACAGUCUACGAUGAUUGAAAGCUAAUUUAUAGGAUUUCCUCCGUAGUUUCGUUAUGGAGGAAAAGAAA